UUUGUAUAUAAUCUUUUUUUUUUUGACAGCGUAUUUGUAUAUAAUCAAAUGAAAAUGACUAAUGUCUUUUAUUUCAUUUUGUUUUCAAUACAUAUUACUGUAGUAUUAUAAAUCGCAUCUUCUUAUAGCAUUUAUAUGUACUUUUGAUUUUCCCUAUACCGUUCACUUUACACAUAUAUAUAAACAAACCAGCCCUCCAAGAAAGAAAUAAAUAAAUCACAUUGAUAAAGAAAAAUAAAACUCUUAAAAAUCAUAGACACUAUGAGAGUAGAAGAAGAAGGAGAAGAAGGGUCAAUGAGUAGGAGAAGCAGUCUCUCGAGUUUCCUCAGAGUCUUGUCUUCUUACAACUCCAAUGUCCUCUUAGCUGCUCUCGUCUUCCUUCUCUUAGUCGUCCUCUUCGUCUUGCUUCUCCAUUUCUACGCCCGCUUUUUCUGGUCACACUCCGACCAAGAAUUCUCCUCCGCUCCACGCCGCCGGAGAAGAAGAAGAAGAAGAACCGUCACAACUACAAGAAUCAUACCUCCAGUUCCACUCGGAGGUUUCGACGGUGGGGUUUCUCCUGCUACUGAUGCUGCUGCAACAAACGAUGACAAAGGUUUGGAUUCUUCAGUGAUCUCUUCGAUUCCUCUGUUUAUUUACGAAGACGACGAGAAAGACGAAGAAGAAGAGGAGGAGUGUGUGAUAUGUCUUGGUUUGUGGGAAGUGGGAGAGUUCGGAAGAAAGCUGAGAAAUUGCGGACAUGGGUUUCACGUUGAGUGUAUAGACAUGUGGUUGUCUUCUCACUCUACUUGUCCUCUCUGUAGAUCCCCUGUUCUCGCCGUCUCCGAUCAAGAAAAUCUCAAACUGGUCAUUAACGAUGAGGUUGACGCAGAGGAAGAAGAAGCAGAGCUCCGACUACAUUUGUUUCCAGUCGGAGAAGAUGAGAACGUCGCCGGUGAUCGGAGAUAUUCACUGUCUCUUGCUGUGAUGGAAGAUAAUCUCAAAACAGAGGUUGAUGACGAAGGAGAGGUUAGAAUUGAAGUGUUAGAUGAGGAGACCAACGGCGGAGGAUCAAGAGGCCAUAGGAGAUCAACGUCUUCAGUGGCGUCAUCAGCAUCGAGUUCGUUGAAGAGGAUGUUGAGUAGUAGAAGUCGACCGGAGUGUAGCAAGGUGUUCCCGUCGGCGAGGCAAGAUUCAUCUCCGUAACAUUUAAACAGAUAUAAAUAAAAAUCUUGUAAAACAGUUUUGGAAAUGUACUAAAAUGAAUAAACAAAGCCUUGUAGUAAUCUAGUUGAUUAAGCUCUGGUUGAAGCUAAUGAUUAUGAUGACUUGACUUGA